AUGCAUCCUGACGUCUCGCUUGGCAUGUUCGUCUGUGCUUCGUGUUGGGGUCCGCCCAGAUGCCAUCGCCGACCGACAUCGUUACCCACCGUUACCCACGGCCAUGCUGCGCUCCUCCUCAAUGUCCAUGGGAGCGUGCUCCACAGGUUUUCUGGUUCAAGGGUACGGGGCGACCGAUGUCUCGUUAGCAUGGGGAUCCCAGGUUACUCAUCAUUUCUUCGUCAGGCGUAUCCAGAUGUAUUCGUGAAGCUGGACGCCAUACCAUGGGAGCACGUGCACCUUUAUUUCGAUCUGAAUCACGUGUUGCACGGCUGCACCGGCCGCAUGACCAUAUCGUCGGCGGCCUUGACCGACGAGGACGUGCAGAGAUUCAUCGACGACGUGCUGUCGUCUGUGUUCUGGUACCUGGACUCCGUGGAGCAGAGCGGCGUCUCCGUGAGCUCCCUCACCCUGUGCGUGGACGGCCCGCCCUCGGUCAAGAAGCUCCAGGAGCAGAGGGAGCGCCGCAGGAGCCGGAUAGCCAAGAAGGCCGACGCGCAGAUCGCGGGGGGGGACCUCAUCGGGCUGGCCCUCACGCCGGGCACCGACGUCAUGGACGCCCUGUGCUCGCAGCUGCCAGAGGGCCUGCGGCAGAGGCAGGCGGAGGGGAAGCUGCGGUGCCCCGUGGCGUUCUGGGACGCCAACGCGCCAGGCGAGGGCGAGCACCGGGGCUCGAGCUCAAAGGUGCCUGGUCGAUGUCGUGGGCCGUUUUCGUUGUGGCUCUGUUCUGCAGCAAGGGCGGAGCGAAGGGAGGACGGGGGACAGCGAAAACAGCACGCAAGCGGACAGCACCGUUUCGGUCGAGCCCUGGCGAGCACAAGAUCGGGACGGCCAUACUGGAGCGCGAGCGGUCGGAUGGGGCCUCUCAGCACAUCAUCAUAG